CUUCCCCUUAUUCCCAAUUUUCUCUUCUCUAAUCUCUACCUUUUCCCCUCUAAUUUCCCUAAUUCCCAUCUCCCCAGCUGGCCAUUGGCUGUCCAAUCUCCUUCCCCAUGUGACCCCACUUCUCUUACCACAUUUCAUUCAGAUUGCUAAAAAGAUUCAUAAAGGAUUUAAUUCUCUCUCUCUCCUGAUUUUAUUUCCUUAUAGCAUAUCCUCACUUUCAAAUCCUCUGUUCAAUUUUUUCUCAUUUUCCCCUGUUUUGAAGUUCCUCAUUCAUUCUUCUUUUUGAGGUUUUGGCUGUGCUAUGGCACAGUUGCCGCCCAAAAUCCCAAAUAUGACGUCUAAUUGGCCGGAAUUUUCCCGUCAGAAAACCCUUUCAAUGGAAACCUUUCCACCCACCACCACUACGCCCGCGGUUACUCACCAGAAUCCUUCUUGGGUUGAUGAAUUUCUCGAUUUCUCUUCCGCUAGACGUGGAUCGCACCGGCGUUCCGUUAGUGAUUCCAUCACAUUCCUUGAAAUGCCAAUGCUGGAGGAAGAUUGCCGGGCCUCCGCUGCACCGCCUCCGCCGCCGCCGGGAUCCGGUGAUAGGAAUGAAUUUGAUAGAUUCGAUGACGAGCAAUUCUUGUCUAUGUUCAAUGAUGAAAUCUCCACGGCCGUCGCACCCACCUUGUCGUCGUCGAACCCCUCCACGCCGUCCGAUCAUAACAGUAUUAACCAUGAGAAAGAUGCACAGAACGACGAGAAGCUAAAUCAGAACAAAAAUGAAUCAGACGAAGUAGGGAGCCAACAGCAAUCGAAAAAUCAAACACAAUCCAAUUCCACGGCGACGGCGGCGACGGCGGCUUCUACUGAUCGGAUAACAGACCCCAAAAGAGUUAAAAGAAUUCUGGCAAAUCGGCAAUCGGCACAAAGAUCACGAGUAAGGAAGCUUCAAUACAUAUCAGAACUUGAACGAAGCGUUACAUCGUUACAGGCCGAAGUAUCGGUGUUGUCGCCGCGAGUGGCGUUUUUGGACCACCAGAGAUUGCUUCUUAACGUCGACAACAGUGCUCUGAAGCAAAGAAUCGCGGCCCUUGCACAGGACAAGAUUUUUAAAGAUGCUCAUCAAGAGGCAUUAAAAAGGGAGAUAGAGAGACUACGACAAGUAUAUCACCAACAAAACAUGAAGAAGAUGGAAAAUAAUGCAGCACCAUCACCAGCAAUUACUCCGUCCCAACCCGUCACUGCCAUCGCCACCGAUACCAAACAUCCUAACGUAGAUCAAAACGAUCAAGUUCCAAACGUCGCAGUUUAGGUUCAAACUCAUUACUACACACAUUAUUCAUUUCAGCCAUAUGGAACUUGAAUAAAGGAUUGGGAAAAAAAUUUAGCGCAACUGAAUCAUCGGUGAAAGAAUGACAAAAAAAUAUUUCUUUUGUGGCAAAGAGGAAAGAAGAGAAGAAAAUGAGGGGUUUGUGUAGGAAAAAAAAAAUCAUAUAUAAUGAUUAAAUGUGGUCAGCCAUGUGAUAUGCUUUGCCUUUUAUGAAGGGAAAGGGACCACUUUCAAAAGCCCUUACAUGAUUGAGUUGCAGAGAAGAUACAUGUGCAGCAUUGUUGGGUAAAGAAGAGAGAGAUGAGGGAACUAAUUUAAUAUUAGGGUUUGAAGGGGGUUUGUGGUAAUUAUUGUUUAUUAAUGGGUGUUUUUGGGAAAAAAGGGAGAUUGUGAUUGGAGGGGUUGAGGGGGUUAUUAGAAAAUUAGGGUUUGCAUUGGGAUGUACAAAAGGGGAGAGGGAGUGUUUUGGUUGUGUCAGGGAUGGGUAUUUGGUACUUCAAUGUCUGAUGUGAUGUACUUUUCCAGUGUUUUUCUCUUCUUGUUAUUA